AUGGAUGUGUCAUUUUACGGUGGGCAACAACCACUUUUACGAUACAUAAUCGUGAUAGUAGUCACCGCCCUGGUUUUGUUAUGGCCAAAAUUGAAAAGAUCGAGGAAUAUUCGGAAUCUGAAGCGCCGACACAACUGCGCAGAACCAGAUAAAUUUCCUCAUCAAAAUGUCCUAGACACUUAUCUAGCCCGUCUACAAGCUCAGGCAGUUCAAGAGGGCUACCUUUUCAGAUUAUAUAAGUCGCAAUUUGUCACUCACGGGAAAACUUUCUCGGAAGUUUGGCGUGCAGCACUAGCUGCGGAAGACUUUGGAAAGGACGCAGGCAGAGAAGCAGCUCAAUGGCCACUUUUGGAACCUAGUAUUUUCUCAGAUGGACCUGCUUGGAGCCUGUCGAACAAGUUUUUGGAUUUGAUUCCGGAAGAGGGACAGACAUUUGAUAUUCAACCAUUGCUGCAUAGGCUAUUCCUAGACACCUCCAUAGAUUUUAUCUUUGGACGCUCUUUGAAUGGACUGCAAGGCUCGCCUGAGAGUAUUGAGUUCACUGAAGCGUUCACUGCGGGGUUGAAAGGGAUCAGUGCUCGACGCGACGCACCAUGGUUCCAGUUCCACUACCAACGACUUAUUGAGGAUCCGAAUUGGAAGAAGUCAUACAAGACAGUCCACCGAUUUGUAGAUGAACAAGUAGAGUUGGCUCUUAAAGACACUGCGAAAACGGAUUCUGAUAGCGCACCCUCUGAUGGAAAGCGCUACGUCCUGUUGCACAAAAUGGCUAAGCAGAUCCGAGGUCCCAUUGCGCUUCGGUAUCACGUAUUAGGUUUCUUUGCGCCAGCACGGGAUGUGACAUCCAGGCUAGUAGCAAAUGCUCUUUUCCAGCUUGCUCGUCAUCCGAACGAAUGGAAAAAGCUUCGUCGCAUUUCGCUUGAACUAGGCGGUGCUUCGUUGUCAAUUGAAAAGCUAAAACAAUUAGCAGACUUCAGGAUCACCAGUAGUGCUUGGCACAUGGUGUAUGAACCACGACACGACAGCGAUAUUUGGGGUGAUGAUGUGGAGAGUUUUAGGCCUGAUCGAUUUGUUGGGCGUAAGAUGAAUUGGAAAUUCCUUCCAUUCUAUGGAGGUCCAAGAAUAUGCCCUGCUCAACAACAAGCUAUGGCUCAGGCUGCUUAUGUCUUGGUGCGGCUAACGCAGAAGUUUGGGGUGAUCGAAAAUCGAGAUCCAGAUUUAGAGUUCUUGCAAUUGAUCAAGAUGGGCGUUGAGAGCAUGAAUGGCGCCAAGAUUGCUUUCAUAUGA